AUUCCUGUGAAUUCCCAUGGAAAUUCCCAGAAUUUUGCAACAAUCAGUCCAUUGUUGUAUCAUUGGUGAUCUCUGAGCGCUGUCUUCAGGCUCAAACACUCCAAUCAGCCUCUGCUGUUCAUUUAAAGAUGGACAGAGUGGCUCAUCCACUCAUCCUGUUCACAUGUUUAAGUGCCCAUGAGCAAGACACUGAACCUCUCCUGAUGAUUAGACCAGCACUAUGGAGUGGUUCACCCGUUAAGGUAGGAAAGUAGGAGUACUACUCUACUAGGUCAUGUUUAAAGUGUUUGAUUUGAGUGUAACACUUUGUGGGAAAUGCUGCACACUCACCCCAAAUCAGAUUAGUAAAAUAACAUGGUUAAAGAAGUCUCUGACAAAGAGAACACACACUCUCUGUCGUCCGAGCUUAACGCAUGGCCUUGUGUGUGUGUGUGUGUGUGUGUGUGUGUGUGUGUGUGUGUGUAGUCCUGCAAUCUCCACCUGUUGGACAACAUGCACAUUCUUAUGAACCCUCCUCCCCACUUACAGUAAUUAGUUAGGCAACAUCCUUUUCCAUACACACACACCCUUCUCGCUCCUGCACGUCUGACUGUCCUUUCACUCCCUUUCUUCUUCCUCUUUAAGAUGCUUCCUGUUCUUCAGUCAGCAUCUCUUGUCAUUAUGGUUACUGUCAUAAUGAAGGAAGCUCAUUGGUCCUCCGGUCUUUCUCUCUCCAUGUCUCCUGGCUAAGACAGGCUCACUGUGUCUCUAGAGGUCAUUCAGGGGGAGGGAGGGGUGAGAAGUGAUGGUUCAGAGAAACAGAGAGGGAGGAAGGAAGAUGUCCUGGAGGAUGAGACUGAUAGAUGAUGAUGAUGAGUCACAGCAGGGACGGAGAGGGGUGCAGCUCUGUGAAGGAAGAACAGGGAGGAAUGAGCCAUGUGAGAUAUGGAUGCUACACACAGCUACAGAGCAGAGGCAGGCAGCAGGAUGGAGUUUGUCCAAUGGGCAGCAGCAGCAGCAGCAGGUUGUUUGGUACACUGGCCCAGUCACUGAACAGCGCCCCGCUGGCCCAGCCAGACCCAUACCUGGAGAAUAACCCCAACCAGCAUCUCGACCUGGCUGAGAUCGACCCGGACAAGCUGCUCAGGGAGUGCGAGGAGGCCCUGCAGAGACGUCCGGCCCGACCAUACCGGGAUAUGGUCUAUACCAGAGGGAUGGCAGCCUGCCGCCACAAGCACAGCCCCUCCAUACGGAUCAUGCAGUGGAACAUCCUCGCACAAGCUCUCGGUGAGGGGAAGGACGGAUUUAUCCGCUGUCCACUGGAUGCUCUCAACUGGCAGGAAAGGAAGUACCUGAUCCUGGAGGAGAUCCUCACUUAUCGCCCCGACAUCCUGUGUCUACAGGAAGUGGACCACUACUAUGACACUUUCCAGCCAAUCAUGUCCCGCCUGGGUUACCACGGCAGCUUCCUGGCCAAACCCUGGUCUCCCUGUCUGGAUGUAGAGCAAAAUAACGGCCCUGACGGCUGUGCUCUGUUUUACCGCCGCUCCCGCUUCACCCUGCAGGCCACGGCUCACCUGCGGCUGUCGGCCAUGAUGCUGCCCACCAACCAGGUAGCCAUCGUCCAGACACUGAAAUGCCAGCUAACGGGCCAGUGGUUGUGCGUGGCCGUUACUCACCUGAAAGCUCGUAGCGGCUGGGAGAGGCUGCGGAGUGCACAGGGUGCCGACCUGCUGCAAAGUUUAUGCAGCAUAACCUCCCGAGGCGGCGGCAGCAGCCAUAGCAAGUCGGCGGUGGCGGGUGGUGUCCCAUUAAUUGUCUGCGGGGACUUUAACGCAGAGCCCUCGGAGGACGUUUACAGACGCUUCAGCUCUUCCCCCCUCGGCCUGAACUCGGCUUACAAGCUGCUGAGCUCUGACGGACAGACGGAGCCCGCCUACACCACGUGGAAGAUCCGCCCCUCCGGAGAGAGCUGCAGUACUCUGGACUACAUCUGGUAUACCCAUGAUGCUUUGAGUGUGGACUGCCUGCUGGACAUUCCCACAGAGGAGCAGAUCGGCCCAAACCGCCUGCCCUCCUACCACUACCCCUCCGACCAUUUAUCACUGCUCUGUGACGUCAGCUUCACGGAGGAGCCCCACAGGUUGAUGUAGGCUGUCACACGGGCAGCUCUGGACCAAAUAGGAGGACUGAGUGAUCAUCUACUGGUCUGCUUUGUCUCAUUUUGAAGCCAGCAGGUGGGACAGAACAUGACUGCAGUGAGAUUAAUAUGCAGGCAGACACACUUCCUGUAAUCAUGCUGUAAUUUGAAUUGAAUAUUUGAGAUAAUCAUAACGAGGAACAAUAGAGGUGAAAGGAGGCAUCACUGGAAAUAAAUCUUUAGUUUUAGAAACAAGCUGAGAACUGUUCAUCUAAAGUUAUUUAAAGUUUUAUUUAUUGUGUGCACAUCAUUUUAUCACUUAUUAAAUUAUUCUUUAUACUUUCAUCAGUUGGUUCCAGAAUCAACGGCUUUUCCUGUUGUGUUUUAAAUGAUUUUGCAUUGACAGUUUUUCAGUUGGACAUCAUGACAGUGUUGUUGCUGUGACUACAUUGAACAUGAGGAGAAAUUUUAAUUUAUAAAAUAAAGUGUUUUGACUUUGA